UUCGAUGGUGCACCCCACCCACCCACUUUUUUUUUCCUGCCAAACACACACACACACGAACAAAGCACUCCUCCCCAUAUCCACACAACACCCGCAGCCGUCGUCACCGACCACCUCUCUCUCACCCACACACACACACACUCUCUCUCUCGCCAAGCGAGCGAUCCUUUGUUGUAAACCAGCAUCAUGGCGAAGAAGGGCUCUCACCUGCUGAUCCACAUCCUGUACAGCUUCUUCUUGCUGCUGUCGGGCAUCUUCCUGAUUGUCGCUGCGGCGGCCCCCUUCUGGCUUCUGGCCCCGAUCCCUUCAGGGGACACAACAGCCUACGCCUGUGGCGUAUUUUCAGAAUGCCAAGACCAGAAGGAUCUUCGGUGCAACAUCGAAGUUUACGGUGUUUCUCUGCAGGACAUUCCCAGUGAGGGUCUGCGUGUUGCCGCUGGUCUCAUGAUUGUGGCCAUGAUUAUCGUGUGGCUCAGCUUCCUCAUCAGCCUCAUCACCUGCUGCUUCUGCUACUCGUGCACGAGCGCUCGCAAGCUGGUGGGCGAGAUGCAGGCGGUCAUACACGUGCACCUCCACACUCUUCUCCUGGCAUGUCUGCGCAAUGUUAAGGAAGGAUAG